UCGGAGACGGGCUCGGAGCGCGGUGCAUCUCCACAUACCUCCGAUCAAUCCUCGCGAUACUCGUCGCAAACUCCGCAGAACAGCGCAGUGUAUCAACAAAUGGCUGCGCAACUCACAAACGGUCUGCAAUAUACGGCGCCGCCGCAGAUGCAGCAGCAGAAUGGCAUGUCGCUACUACAACACUCCUACCACCCUGCGACAGGCCAAGAGCCCUCAUAUCAAACCCAACAGCCGCAGCAGCAGCAAUCACAGCAACAAUCUACACAACUAGGAUUGCCCAAGGCUUUCUCAUGCAAUACUUGCCAGAAAGGAUUUGCACGGAGGAGUGAUCUCGCGCGCCAUGAACGGAUCCACAGCGGAGUACGUCCACAUGUUUGCGAACAUCCCAACUGCGGAAAACAAUUCAUUCAACGAUCCGCCCUCACGGUUCAUUCGCGCGUCCACACUGGUGAGAAACCGCAUAUGUGCGAGCGUUGUGGAAAGCCUUUCUCCGACUCUAGCUCUUUGGCACGCCACCGACGGAUACACUCGGGGAAACGUCCCUACAAAUGCCCCUAUGCUGAUUGCCAGAAGACAUUCACCCGACGGACUACACUCACGCGUCACCAAAACCACCACACGGGCACCAUUGAAGAAUCUGAAGCCGCCACUGCUGCCGCUCUUGCUUCGCGGGCGUCUUUGCCCCAACAACGAUCGAGAGGGUCAGACGAAGAGAACGACUUCUCCGCAGAUGGCAAGUCGCCUAUGCCUCCGCAGCACGAUCGUCCUUCCGCGUCGCCUGCCAACGGCAUGAAUGGAGCGCCGCAAUUGCAAAGGCAGGCGUCUGACUACUACUUGAAUGCCAUGAACGGCGGUAUGGCGUCCGUUCCUGCGCAUUUGCGGAACGACAUGCAACCUACACCACGAUCGCAGUCUCCUGCGCAAUACACCAUGCCCGUCAAUCCGCCGCAGUCGCGUCCGACUCUUGCCUCCAAUCCAUCCGCCAGCUACGCAUCUCGCCAAAUUCUCGAGCCGAAUGGAGCGAGCGUCCAGCAGCAAGGCACCAGUGGGACCAAUAGCCCACACAUGAACGGCAAUAUCGCAUGGCAGCCUUCCCAUCACGGUCUUCCUACCACGCAGACGACCGACUACACCUAUCCCGAUCACACAGGUUACAGCGUCGCCAACCCGAUGUACUAUCAGCAGGGCAGCGUUCAACGACCGCACAGCACUGGACCGAUCGAUCACUAUGGCCCAAUGCGUGGACAAGAAAUGUGGGCGCAGCAUCAG